AUGGCGGCCUUGGAAGACAAAGCGAUUUGGGAAGAUGGCGAGGUAAUUUUAACUGCAUACGUUUCCGCUGAAGUGCGGUAUAAGUGUCUUCAUAAGCAAUGAAGAGACUUACUAUGUUUCUAAUGACUUACUUUUGCCUUUAUUCGAAGGAAAUGGACGAGGAAGUUCUACGAAUGCAGACAGACGAAAUUGUCAGUCGAGCUCGACUGUUAGACAAUGAAAUUAAGGUAAGAUUUCGUGCGAGUUUGUUAUGUUUUCUUAGUUGCCAUCACCGGUGACUAAUGUUUUUUCAUUUGAAUGUUCAAAAAUCCAAAGCGUGAUGUCGUAAAAGGCCCUCUCUCUUAGUCUAAAGUUUAAAUGACCUCUGAUUGAAAAUUUUUAAUUGUCAUGAAGCUUAUUUCUUUUUUUCCGAUCAUCAAACAUACCGUAAACUUCUGAUUUUAACCCCCCGCCCCCGAGUUAUGGCCAAUUGACCUGUUAACAAGAAAAUACCUCCAAUUAUAACCCCUUCUAGAUAUAAGCCUCCCAUCAACUUUGGUAUUGAAAUGAAUUCGAUUUAUUAUGACGUUUUUAAUGCUUAUAUUAGGGAGCUUAAGUAAAGACGUUUUUGAGCGAUGCACAUCAACCGGAAGUGAGGCCCUCUCCCUUUUUAUAUGCCUUGACGCUAACAAAUUUGUAUUGCUAAGUUUCUUUUCUCUUAUAAAGAGAAUUUUCCCAAGCGUUUUAACCAAACCACUCGCCAAUGAUGCAAAAAGUGCACUUCCAGUUGACGUCCGUUGCUCACAAACACUUUUGCUUAAGCUCCCUAUUAACAAAAAAACCUUUAAAUGCAAAAGGUAUUUUGAUAAAUGCUGCCGGCUUGUUUGAAAAUGCUUUUUUGAUUCUGGUUAAAAGCCUCGCAAAUAUAACCCUCCACCUUCCUUCAUUUAGAAGCCUUCCCAAAACUCCUUAUGAAGAUGCAUAAGCCCAGGGCUUAGUGUCAGUUUACAGUAUGCAUUCAUGGUUCUGAAAAGAAAAUGCCUGAUAUUGUCAGGGUUCUCAUUAAGUGCCGGCAGCCGGCUAAAAAAUCGGCUACUUGGAGGCUUGAGCUAUCUACUUUUUGGGGAAAUAGGGUAAAAUUAGAGAGUGAAAGCCUGAAAUAUUGCCUUCAGCACUCAGUUACCAAGCCGCCAACUUUUAUAUCCUAGCAGUCUACUUUAAAAAUUAAUGAGAACCCUGUAUUCUCAUCCUUUAAUACUGUGUUCGCUGAACAGUGUUCUCACCAGGAUUUUACCUUGGGGAGUCCCAGGGCCCCCUCUUCUGGGAAAUAGGGGCCCUGUAAGAACAUUAGGGGGACAAAGUUACAAAAAACAUGCAGUAUGAAGAACCUGAGCCCGCACUCCAAAUUGUCUGUUACAUGAAGUACCUACCUGAUCCAAUAUGGCGGAAGAGGUGUUUACGAUUCGGAGGAGGAGUUUACGAUGUAGUGGGACGUGCAUGGGACCAAUGAAAGUAAAGGCAACAAAAUUUAAGACUUUGACUCAUUUGAUAUCAUGUUUUUUAUUUAUUCAAACAAACAGAAUGCUUUAGUGUUAGGUUGACCAUUAAAACUGCUUAAGUCCGUUUGACUCGUAGCCUGCCCCUGUGCCCUAACGGGUGCAUCUUCUUGGUUUUAAUGCGCCAUUUCAGUUUUUCUUGCGGGAAUCCCGCAAGGCCGCGGCCUGGUGAGAACACUGGCUGAAAAACCAUGUUUCAGGCAACUUGUGAAUAUUUGCUUCUUAAUACAAUGCUUUGGUUUGUAUGUUGUUUGCCCCACUGAGUAAUCCUUGUUUACUGCUCAUAAACAGAUAAUGAAAAGUGAAAUAAUGAGGAUUAAUCAUGAGCAACAAGCUAUGAAAGAGAAAAUCAAGGUAACUUUACUUUUAAAUUCCAUUUUCUCUUCCUGUUAUUCUUCAUUAAGAGUCAAAAUUCUUCUAACAAUUUGCAGUAACUUGCUCAAACUUUUCUGUUUAUUCAGGAAAAUGCAGAGAAAAUAAAAGUGAACAAAACGCUGCCAUACCUUGUGUCAAAUGUGAUCGAGGUAAGGUGGCCAACAGUCAAUGCCUAAAUUACAGCAUUAACACUUCUUUUACUCACUCAAGAUUUUUGAUAACAAUUUUGGCACUAAAAGGGUUCAUAAUGCUUCACUUGCCAAGUCUGGUAGCUUUGAAUUUGAUGAAAAAGCUAAGUGCCAAUGUACUGUAAAUAUGUGUUAAGCUUGAAUUACACAGCCCUAUUUGUGUUCCCUUCUGGAGGUGGUACAAGUAUUUCCACAUGGUCAUGUGAGCCAACAAAGGGCAAACCAUUUCAAGAUAAAGGCAGUUCCUUCUUCCGAAGUACUUUAUUGCCCCAAUUCUUGGUUCAGUCUAAGGGAUCAAAGCUGUACAUGUAACUCUACAAACCAGCUCUCUACCUACUGAACUUACUCUGAAAGCCUUGUUUAGCAAUAAUUUUAAUUUAUUAACACAAUCUGUCACUCACUCACUUGCCUGAGCAAGUGCAAAACUAGGCAGUUGUGGGAUGUGUUGUUUGUACAGUUUCUCAUCUUGGCAAGUAGUUUCUACCCAAAUAAAGAAAACUAAAUUCAAACUUAGUUUAGCUUUUGAAUCACAGGGUUGAUUAUCGCAUUCAAAUCCAUGCGUGACGUUAUUUACGUGUAUUUACUAAGUCAACCACAGUGCCUCUAGAGACUUUAUUACUUGUCUGUCACGACUGGUCCAUGCCAGUGUAAUCCUAAGUCUAUAGUUCUCAUGUCUAGAUAAGGGACUGGACACUUCUAACUCAGUGAUAGAGGUCUGGUACUAGUUUAUCACAUUGUGUUGGUUUCAUUUUGUCCUCUCAUCAUUCUGUGUUGCAGUCAAUUUUCAGUUUGAGUUGCUUAUUAAACUUUGUCAUGAAAUGGAUGGACUCCUAUCCACCAGUGACAAUAACAGCAUAUGAAAAUUAUAUUGUGUCUUUAUGUCUUAACCAUUUUAUUUUCGCUAAUACUGAAACUGCUAAAUAAUAAUUAUUGAACCCCCACUCCGGACUGAAAAGUGAAACUUUGCGAUCACUUUGGUCUAUAUUGUUCAUUUUUGUGUACCUUACACAUGUACCUGUCCUGUCUCAUGUAAAAAGGGAAAAACUAGUGUAUUUCAGGCUGAAAAGUGUUUGUUUUUUUGUUUUGCAGCUGCUUGAUGUUGACCCUCAAGACAAUGUAUGUUUAUAUUUGUUUGAUUUUCCUUGUACUCAAUUUAGGAGAUUUACAGAUCAUAAUAUAACCCAAGGAAAAAUAUUGAGAAAUAGUUCAUAAUAAAAAUGUUGUACAAUCUAUUGAUGGAAUGUAAAAAGAAAUUGCUGGAUGGUGUUGUUUGUCUUCCUAGAGUAGUUUUGGGCAUGGAAGAAUGGAAGUAGCAGGGUUUUUUUUAAUUAAAUGUGACCUACUCUAAUUCCAGCCUGAUUUGAAAUGUGGUGUAGUGUCCAGAGUGGAUAUAAAUAAUUUUCGUGUAACUUUUUUUAGUCUACUCUGUAGUUUACUGCUAUUUCCUGUAAUCAAAGUCUUUCUUUUGACCUUCUGUGCUCAUGCAAGCAUUGCAAUGUUAUUUUAGUGCCCCACUCUUUACAUAAUUAGUUAAAGAACCUUUGACCUGCUUUCAGGCUGAGGAAGAUGGUGCUAAUGUAGACUUGGAUUCACAACGAAAGGGAAAAUGUGCAGUUAUAAAGACAUCCACAAGACAGGUACAGAAUGCUUGUUAUCAUCAAUAAUAUUUUAUUUAAAAUGUUUCAGGUUUAUCCUGUCUUGUCUUUAACUGGUAGUUAGUAGCCUAAGUACCAGACAUUAUCCAGUGGAAAAGCUUAAAAUAAUAUAUCCUUUUGUUUACCUUUAUACUCUUCUUUAACAUUUGUCUUGAACACAUAGUGAGGUUCACUUUAAAUACUAUGCUGAUGAGUGAGGUGCUGUUCAAUAUAACUGUUCUAAGGAAUAAUACAUCAUCACCUAACCUUUUGCGUGAUGUGGCAUUUACGUGGCCGUCGGGAGAGCUGUCAUUUAGGUUAAGAAAGUGACUUAUUUUGGGGGAUUUUUCUAUCCAAACAGUCUUUGUAUAAGAAAAAGAAUUACUUUAAUGUUUAUGAGUUCCUCAAGAGAUAAAUUCACACUUUCAUAACAAAACUCUGUAACAGAUGUUUGUGUUGGUUUCCAGCCACCAUGUUCGUCUCCCUCAGCAUGGCGUCUGCAUACAAAGCUCUAUAAAUUUAGCUAUAACAUUUUCUGAAUCUCACUUAAUGAAACAUUGCACUGACCUGAAUGUUGUCAAGGUCCAAGGCUCAAUAUUUACCUUCUUUCAUUUUCUAGAUUCUGGACUUAAAUUACUGAAGUGUUUUGAUUUUGAUUUUUGAUGGCGUUACAGUGACAACCAGCAAUACACUUUAUGUACCAUGUUGUUGUUCUUUUUCUCCUUCUAGACAUAUUUUUUACCUGUAAUUGGUUUGGUGGAACCUGAAAAUUUAACUCCAGGAGACUUGGUGGUAGGAAUAUUUUACUUGUUAAAGGCAUUAGUAAUGAUUGUUAUUAUAAAUUUUAAAUGUCUUCACAGUGGUUGAAUAUAGCACAUUAUGUGUAUAUCUGUAGUCAAACUGUAUAUUUUGAUUAAUACUUAGAGUAUUUUAGCAGUUUUUUUAGACUUGGAGAAUAAAAUAAAAUAACCUUUUCUCCAACAAGUAGAUUUGUUUGAGCAUUUUGAUAUUGUACAAAAAUUUUAUCUAUUGUAUUGAUAAUUUAUAAUGUUUAUCGAUUUUUUGGGGGAGGAUUUAUUUGAUACCCUUAAUAGAUACACCCAAUGUAAAGUGCUUUUUCUGUUUGUUUUCAGGGAGUUAACAAAGAUUCUUACUUAAUAUUGGAAAAGUUGCCCCCAGAGUAAGUAUUGAGUCACAAGUACCUGAACUAUAGUCUGCACAUACAUGUUGGUAAAUUUGUGUAAAAUUCCAUGGCGACAUGUAUACAUGUACAUGUAUAUGCCAUCAUUAUCACCAAUAGCACCCAUAUCGUACCAAGUGUUCUAAGCUUGUACUUAUUUGUGUUUUUUAUUCAGCUUCGUACUACUGUCACUGUUAAAAGAGCUUUAGCAUCUAAUAAUUUCUGAUUUUGAAAAUUAACAGGUAUGACUCACGUGUUAAAGCCAUGGAAGUUGAUGAGAGACCCACUGAACAGUACAGUGACAUAGGAGGACUGGACACCCAAAUACAAGAGGUAAUAGCAUUGAUGAUGACAUGUUCUAAAAUUUGGUCAACAAAAGUCAACCAUAGAUAAUAACAUUACACAUUGAUGACCAGUUAGUCAGUAAAUUUAUUUUGUUAACGAAAGUGAUACAACAGUUGUUUAUGCGAAUUGAAGGCCCUAUUGAAAGGGUUGUUGAUGUAGAUUUUGCUUUCAGAUCGGAUCAUACUGCUUCAUGUAGGGUUUUAUGUGACACCAGGGGCAUUACUAUCAUGUAAGAUUAAAAAUAGCAUGUUAUCUUCCUAUUUUGUGAAAAGAUUACCAUUGCUAUGGCCAUGUAAUAAAUCACAACUUUAGCAGAAAAAAAUAUUAAAGUGAAAUGGUUUGGUAUUUCAUUUAAUAGUGUUUAUAUAAGAAAUAUUUCGCUGGAAGAGAAAUUUUGUCUCUUCGCGCAGCAAUGUAAUAUCCUCUAUUUAUUUGUUUUAAUAUCUGAACAGCUUGUAGAGGCCAUUGUUUUGCCCAUGACACACAAAGAAAGAUUUGAGAACCUUGGAAUUGCACCACCUAAAGGUAAUACAAAUGUAUGUUGUUAAACAUGAUCAAAACCUGCCAUUUAUUUGUCACCACUCUCAGAACCAGUUUUGAAGCUGGCACAUGUAUAGAAAACUUGGUUUGCGACAGGAGGGGUACAGAUUUUAUUCAUAGUAUGACCCUACAUGUUCACAAUAAAACAUCUAUAAAGUAAUAUUAUUAUUGCUAUUUCAAGGUUUUUUUUGUAUUCCUUUUGACUUAUUGUUGCCUCUCCACUAUCUUUACAUAACUAAAUAAGCUCUUUCUGUCUGGAAGUGGUGCCAAUAUUGCUUUGCAAAAUAACCCAACUCUUUUGGCAGCCAACACUGCUUACCCAAGGGCUGUGUAUUAUUAAAAACCAUUCCACUUGAUUACAUCAAUAGUGUCCAUUAUUUUGUUAAUGUUAUUGACUCUGGCCAUUAUUCUAAAUACCUAACAUUAACUUUUAUUCAGGUGUAUUAUUGUAUGGACCUCCUGGCACAGGCAAAACGUUAAUGGCAAGAGCGUGUGCAGCACAGACAAAGGUAUAAACUGCUAAAGCAUCUGGAUUGGGCUACUUGUACAUUGUCUUUUAACCAUUUGAAACAUGCACAAAGUAUCGAAAGUAUAUCAUUUCAAUGUAUAAUGAGUUAUGAUAAUUUUCUCAAUUUCUUGUUGUUGUUAAUUUCUUUGUAGUCGACCUUUCUCAAACUUGCUGGUCCUCAACUUGUUCAGGUAAGGUCUUAACUUACAAAAUUUAUAAGUUGUUCUUAACCUUUGUGAUAAAAAAAUAUUAUUAUUUCAAUUAAUUUUGUGUGGUAGGUUAAGUAAUAAAAACUAAAUGAAAAUUAAUAAAUAAAAAGAUUAGUGAAGAAACAAUUGAAAAGACUGGUAAAAGAUUUUUAGUUGAUUUUUAGAUUUUUGUUAUUAUUCCAAUUAAUUUUGUGUGGUAGGUUAAGUAAUAAAAGCUAAAUGAAAAUUAAUAAAUAAAAAGAUUAGUGAAGAAACAAAUGCAAAGGACUGGUAAAAGAUUUUUAGUUGACUAUCUUAAUUGUUUUUGCAGAUGUUUAUAGGUGAUGGUGCAAAGCUUGUAAGGGAUGCAUUUGCUCUUGCUAAAGAGAAAGCUCCAGCCAUUAUCUUCAUUGAUGAACUGGAUGCUAUUGGAACAAAGGUAAGCUUUAGAACAUCUCUUUAUUUUUGUUUAGAGUUUUUGCAGUUUAUCCUCCAUGUUAAGAAUCUCCAAAGCCAAUUCCGAUUGUUUGAAAUCAGGAAUGUGAACGUGCUGAUCACGCUUUGAUUGUCUUUAUAGAGAUUUGACAGUGAAAAGGCUGGAGACAGAGAGGUAAUAGAAACUUAAUAAUGGUAAUAGGACUGAGUGGAGUCCAAUUCAGUCUGUAAUCAUACCUAGUGAUAAACAAAAUCUGAUAACCACAUAGCAGGAGUCUGAUUUGUUUAAUCAUGAGUAUGAUUACCGACCAAAUUGGACGACACAAUUGUUACCAAUUAAUCAUGACUACAACAAAAUUUGUGAGAUUUGAUCCUUUUUUAAAAUUAAAACACAAGAAAUUAGCCAUUUAAGUACACGCACCCAGUUGCGCAUACUGUCCAAUUACUUAGGCAUGACAUGUACUGUCCUAUUACACUGACUUAUCAGUGUUGAAAUCAGGACAGUUGAUAGCCAAUCAGAUUUGAGAAUUUUGUUAUAGUUAUGAUUAUAUUUGUUAUACUUCAUUCAGUAGUCUUGAAUACAUGUUUGGAUGACCUUUUUUCCUUUUAUGCAUAAUAUCAGAUAGGAGUGAGAGCAAUCACCAUACCACCCAUAGUCUCCCUCGCAGACGUUUUUAGUAUUGUCACGCAACGCUCCUCCCCACAAGGAGGAGCAUUGCGUGACGAUACUAAAAACGGCUGCGAGGGAGACUAUACCACCCAUCGAUGCCAUAAUUAUGUGGGUUGUGUUUGUUGUUGGUUGUCUUCUCUGCUUGGAGAGUUUUUUCUCGUGGUACUCUAGUUUUUCUCACUCCUCAAAAACCAACAUUUCCAAUUUCCAAUUCUAUCUGGAAAGUGUCUCCAGUUUGUUGAGGAUGCUGUAAGAGGGCCACAGGUUUAUCAGUACUUGGAACUUUCAAGUGUCACCCACUCUAAAGAACUUUAGUUAAAUGUUUGUUCUUUUCUUUGUUUGAUCACAAAGAUCACUAAAAAAAAAAGGUUCAGUGAUUGCAGGUUAUAUGGAGACAACCAUACUUCAAUGGUCUCAGCAAUGACAGCAAUUUAAAAUGUAGUAUUGUAGUUGCAGUAACAGCUGAGAUAGAGUUCAGUUCUAUAUAAAAAUGGUCCAUUUGGUCAAUAUUAUCAUAGUGUUGUCACACUAGACCAGGGUUUUCACUAAGAAUUCUAGUAGCAGGAGAAAGGUGUAACUUUAAAGGUGAAUAUUGUGAAAGUGUCUCCAUGUUUGAAUAGAAAAUAUUCAUAGGCUAUCACCCGUAAGCAGGAGAAUUCUGUGUAUUAAACAGAGAAAUCUCCAAUCUCCGAUGCUUAAUGAACACCCUGCUGACAGUUUCCAUUUAAUGUCAUUUUAACUGUAAAUUUAUUAUUAAUUUAUAUAUGUGCAAUGUAGUAUAUGUAAUAUUAAGGUUCUAUAAAGAAGUAUUGUUCUAGACUUCAGAAGUAAUCCAUCGCCUUAAUGUGACAAUACUGUUUCAUAUGAUCAAAAAUGACCACAUUCACCAGGCAAUUACAGGGAAACAGACUUAUUUCUUUAAUAAUUAUUGCUCCAGUAAAGUCUUGAGCUCUCUGGGAAAUUGCUCUUUCAAGUGAUAAUAAGAUUCUUUUUAUAUUGUGGUAAUGUGCAAGAAGCAUUAAUGAUAACUACCAAUUUAUUAAUAAAACAGAUCAGGUACAUGUACACAGUGUGCGACUGUCAGUGAUCAUAGUAUUUUUAGCAAUAACCUGGAAACCAAGCUUUAAUCUUGAGUGCAGUAUUUGAUCUUAUAUGACUGAUAUUUUAGGUACAAAGAACAAUGUUGGAACUGCUGAAUCAGUUGGAUGGAUUCAGUUCUCACCAUGAUAUCAAGGUGAAAUAUUAUUAUUAUUACUGGCUGUUAUCACUGAAGUUUUCCUAAUUUUAGUUUGUUAAGUUAAAGCUAAUUGAUUCUUUAUUCAGUUAUUUACAAACUUCACCAAAAAGCCUGGAACACUCACAGAGCAUGCUUCUGUCUUUAAUAUCUCAGUUGAAACGUCAUGCUAGAAGAUGCUUUCUUGUUGUCAACCCUUGAAUUCCUAAGAGUAACUAACAUCAGUUUUCUCCCAACAAUAUCACUGCACCCAGUUAAGAGAAAAGGUGUUGAGAAUUACAUGCAAAUGAUCACCAAAACGAAAAUGUUUUGACCUUUUGUCAAAUUCUGUAAGGAACUCAGCGAGCCAUGAUUGUGAAUAGUUAUUAUUAUAUGAAAAAAACAAACAAACAAAAACGAAAACAAUCAUUUCUGAACUGUAGAUGAACGUAAUGAAUGGAGAUGUGAUCCUCACAGUAUUUAAAAUUCCUUCAAACUCAUUCAUUGUACCAGUUUAGAGUUCAGAAGGUUCAAAUUUACAUCCUUGCAUGAUUACAGUCGAAUCUCUUUAACAAACAAGCUGUGGCUAACUACAGUGUAAGUUGCCUAUAGACUUUUUCACAUCUUGAUUACUUGUUUUUUUUUCUUUUGAAGGUUAUAGCAGCUACAAAUCGUGUUGAUAUUCUCGAUCCGGCCUUGCUACGAUCAGGUUUGACAAUUUACUCUCCAUCUUUCACUUCAAGUGUGUGUGUGUGUGUGCGUUAUGUUGAUGGUCACAUUCUCUUGUAGAUUCCGGGUCAGUCGCAGGAGUGUCUUUUUUUUCUUGUUAUGCAACUCUACGAGACCAGUGCAGUCAAGCAACAGGGCUAAUCUUGUUUUGCUUGACCUUGUACACAUGAAUACCUGUGACAGAGACUAGUUUAAAUUAUUAACAUGAACCACCCAGAAGUAUUAUUGUUUUCCUCUGGAUGAGAUGCGAGUGCAUUGAAAGGUUUCUGGCAACAGUUCCAACAGUUUAUUUUGUUGGAAUUCAUUUACAGUAUAAACCUCAUUAGUAAAAUCCAACUAGUGGUCUAUUAUCAAUGCUGCAUUCUGAUUGCUUGAGCUACUACUAGGCUAUAUGUUAUAGCCCACUAGUAGCGAAAAGCACUGGCUUUUGUUGUGGCAAAAAAGGAUUUAAGUCUAGCUUUAACUAGCUCAAAUUUUUUUUAUUCUCGAUAUUUUGACUAACUAGUUGGAUUUUACUAAAACAAUUAUUCCUCUCGCCCUCAUGGCCUCCGAGUCAAUGGCCCAUUCGGCCUUUAGCCUCAUGGGCUACUGACUUAGAGCCCAUUCAGGCUUGAGGAAUAAUUGUUAAGUUUCUUUACAAUAGAGGGAUAAAAUAACCCAGUAACUUAGAGGAGCUCAAAUUCGAACUUCCAAAUCUGAAGUCCCAUGCUUUAACUAAUACAUCAACGUGCUUUUCCAUCAUUUUACCCACCUAACGGCAAGGAAAAUUUCCCUUGUUUGUGACUGUAGGACGACUGGAUAGAAAGAUAGAAUUGCCUAACCCAGACCAAGAAGCCAGAGCAAGAAUUAUGCAAAUCCACUCCAGAAAAAUGAAUGUCAGGUAAAUCGAGACACAUUUCAUGCAACAGGCGUACACCUGAAUCUUAUCAGUAUUUAUUUAUUUUUUGUCUGUGUUAAAUUUAGUUUUAAAGUUGUCUCUAAACAAGUUAUAUUGGGUAUGCACUGUUCUUCAACAUCUUUUGACGUAACACAAACAGAGUGAUAUGUUUUUCCUUUCUGCAGCCCUGACGUAAAUUUUGAUGAGUUAUCCCGUUGUACAGAUGAUUAUAAUGGCGCAAUGCUGAAAGCAGUUUGCGUUGAAGCGGUAAGCCAGAAGAGCAUUCUCAGUUUUAGGGUCAAAUAUGAUUAUGUUUACUUGGUGAAGUGGCUCUCUCCUCCUCUAACGUUAUUAGUGAGCUUACGCAACGGGACGGGGGAGAAAAGAACACGGCAAACCUUGUGUGACAAGCGUGACAAUAAUUUUGUUUGAAACAACUUUUUCGCCGAACUUCACCCUUCUUUAAACAGGUCUUUUUGUCAAGAUCAGAAAACAUUAAAUUGAGUGAAGGUCACCACAAAACACAUAAGUAAUAGGCCUGUCUCGUUUGUCACACACACAAGCGUUUUGCCGUUCUCUUCUUUCUGCCGUCCUGUUGCGUAAAAUCACUAUCAUCAUCAUCAUCGUCAUCUUCAAUCAGUGACUAACUGUAAAAUUUAUAAGUUAAACGAGACUUCCCUGUAAGUUGAAGUUUGACUGUAAUUCUAUGAGAUACCAGUCAUUCGCCAUAAUGAAGGACUACGAAAAGGCGAGACAAACUACGCCCGCAACUACUCCACGGGCUGCUCGCACUUAUCUUAAAUGACUCACUGGUGAGUAGGACUGGUGUCGAAAUAGAAUUAAAUGCAAUAGUGGCUGCCUCUGUUACGGUUUUCCGCGCUUGGCACUGAUUGGUGCUUGGUCGUUAUCUGCUCCUACAAUUUGCCAGUUGUUUUGGUUUUAGAAAACAGUAAGGGCUUGCUUUACCUUUUUUUUGUUGUAAUUGGUUGGUCAAAGACGUAAAGUCUUGGUUCACUUCUAACCAGUCAAAGCAGUAAUGAACGCAAAACAACGUGGAUUUCUCAGAGCUUAGGUCACCCGUGCGCGCUCGGGCUACUGCUGCUGCUUUUUUAUGGAGUGUAUGUAAAACCAGGAACAGGCCUGGACUAUUCCAACGGCAUGGUUCAAGGUUGUUUUGGGGUGUUCCGGGCCUGUCCCCGGUUUUAUGAAACCCCUUCUCAUGCUAUGCUAAGUAUCAUGGUUUCGGUUUUUAGAGUCAUUUCACAGUACUGUAGGUCAUAGAAUUUUGCCGGUUCCAGCCCAGAAAUUCUAUCUUAUUCAAUACUCAGUAGCACUGCAACAUUCUAACUUUUCUUAGAAACUUGCAAAAAUCGGCCAUGGUUCUGUUCGUUUUCGUCCUUUCAAUCUAUUGCGAAAGAGAUGACAGUAAGAGUAAAACUAACUUAGUGUUUGGUAACAAAACAAGGUCCCUUUCCCCUUAAUUUUCUAUGGUCUGUACUGUUAUUGAACAUAGCUCUUGACCAAUCAGCGUACGAGAAAUUGCUCAGCUAUGGUAAAAUUCUUGUUCUCUACAGGGUAUGAUCGCCCUUCGACGUGAGGCCACAGAAGUCAUUCAUGAAGAUUACAUGGACGGAAUUAUGGAAGUGAAUGCUAAGAAGAAAGCUAACCUGAUGUACUAUGCCUGAAGAAAAAAAUGUGCUGUGUUUGAAGAAAAGACAAUUUAAUGUUGUGCUCUAACCUUUUCACGCCUUCACCACAAAACAAGCCUCGCGAAGACUAUCAAUGUUUAUUCCUGACCUUGGACUUGUAAUACUUAUGUAAUAAUUCUAGGUCUGAAAUGUAAGCAAAGCAGUUUUCGACCGUAUCCUUAACUUAAAGACAUGGGGACUACGAAUUACAUUAUCAUUCGUUGUCGCGUGACUAAAUACUCAUGAGUUUUGGACAGCACUUAGCUGAGUUUUCUCACAGGAAGGCACUGAGACUGUCUGAUCGAAAGCUACGUUGCUUAAAUUUUAGAUCUCGUGAAUAGAAUUAUUAAAUACGUUCUACAAAGUUGUAUUUAGUUUGUUUCUAUAUGUAAGAAAAUAGAUUAGCUAACAGAACUCCCCAAUACCUUCCAUUCUAAAUGGACACUUUGAAAUAAAUAUUAAAGCUUAAGAAACAGAAAACUACUGCUAGUACCAUUUAAUAGCCCUAGCUACAUUACAACUGAUGUCCUC